AUGAAUGAUACAAUUGAAUUUGAUGAUUGCUUAAAUGAAGCUACUCCAUAAGAAAAAGAUAUCAUCAAUUAUUUGUAGGAGUUAAAAUUAAUAUUCUUGACCGACCCUUAAUAAAAACAGUUUAAAUUUGAGCAGGCAAAGAAAUAAUUGAUAUUUUCUUUUCGUUCAUUAGAUUCCGAUACAGAUGCAUCUGAAAUGACACCACCUAUGUUAGUUAAAACAUCAUCCCUACUAUUGACCAAAUCCCCAUUAAGAUAAAAGAGACUCUCUAUUGUUUCAGAGCACCCCUUGAUCUGA